CGCACUUUCUAGAGCAUUCCUUUUUUUCCUUAUUAACCGACUUUAACUUCCAAUAAAUACCAACCAUAACUUCCAUUCAUUCCCUCCUUCUCUAUUAUCAUCACCAAACACCACAUUUACUAUUGUUAUUAUUACAUGUGUCAUUGAUCCAAAUUCAAACACCAAAAAAAACAUAGCAUUUGUUUUGUCUCAUUUUAUAUGGUUGGAUUCUGAUUCUGCAUGUAAUUGAACGAGUGAAAAUGGAUGAUUACUACAAUAUUCUUGGUGUUAGUUCAGAUUCUUCUAUUGAUGAAAUAAGGCGUGCCUAUAGAAAGCUUGCUAUGCAAUGGCAUCCAGAUAGGUGGACAAGAACACCUUCUUUAUUAAGUGAAGCCAAAUGUAAUUUUCAGAAAAUUCAAGAAGCUUAUUCAGUGUUAUCUGAUCCCAAAAAAAGAACUAUGUACGAUGCAGGCUUGUAUGAUCCUAAUGGGGAAGAAGAUGAGGAAUUUUCUGAUUUUGUGGAUGAAAUGGUAUCCCUUAUGGCAGAAGUUAGGCGAGAGGAAAAGGUUUAUGGUUUGGAGGAGUUGCAGGGCAUGUUCAUGGAAAUGGCAGAAGGAUUUGAGUAUCCUUCAAUGUAUUAUGGGACAACAUCGAUAAUUGAUGAAUCCUCUUGUGCUAAGAGAGGAAGUGUUUUGACACAAUAGUUAAUGAUGUUGGUCGGGCCACAUUUUUUAAUUCUCCGUUUUUUAUAUGUUCAAACUUAGACUUCUGCAUAUUAUGAUAAACCUUUGUAUAUUAUCUGCCGGAAGCAUGUUUCCUGUAUGCCCCCGCAUUUUUUAGGGUGGGUU